AUGCAGUCACCCUUGGCGCAGAAAAGACUGGCCGGUUUUGACUUGGUCCAAACCAACUAUAAGACAGUCGGCGAUCACCAUCUCCGCGCCGAUCUCAUCAUUCCCCAGUCGUCAUACAACACCGGCAAGCGGCCAGUUAUCAUCCACUUUCAUGGCGGCGGUUUCCUAACCGGAGACUCGCUCUUCUUUGAAUGGUUUCCUCAAUACCUCUUCGACAUCGCGAAACAACACAAUGCGGUGAUCGUAUCUCCGAACUACCGCCUCUUGCCCGAGGCUACCAGCCUUGACUUGUUCGAUGACAUUGAGGAUUUCUGGAUCUGGCUGCAUUCGCCCGUGGCGGCAGAACUCCUAUCAUCUCAGCCUAAUCCAACAGAACUUGACCUGGAUCGCAUUAUCACUGCCGGCGAAUCCGCCGGGGGCACACUGAGCAUCUGUCUCGCCCUGGCUCACCCAGAGGAGAUCCGGGCUUGUACAGCAGCCUUUCCUGGCAUGCUAAGUGCCCCCGUCGAGGAUGGUUUCCCACGGAAAGACCGACCCCGUCCGAGCGGUCUGUCUCUGGAAGAGGCCAAUCGACUUGUGGAUGAAGCGAUCAGAGACAGUGAACAGGGAAUAGUUAAGUCAUCAAUCAUGCCACCUGGACGGCUGCCUUUGAUGCUUGCUACUAUUGAGUCUGAACGCCUCUAUGAACUCUACGAGCGUGGGACUGAGAAAGACCCCCGACGGGCACUGCGGCACCCUAUGGAACGGCUGGAUGAGCCGGACGUCAAGUUUCCUCGUGGAGGUAUCUCUAUCCGACACGGCCUGGAUGAUGACAUCGUGCCUCCGGGGAUUAGUCAGGCCUUCGUGGAUAAAGCAAGGAAAGUAAUGAAGGGGAAGCCGGGAGGGGAUAAGAUUGUUUUGGCACUGCGGCCAGGGGGUCAUGGCUUUGAAGGCGAGACUAGAGGGGACGAGGAGUGGCUGCAGGAGAACUUGCGGGCUGCUAUCGAGGCAUGGCUGGAAUAG